AUGGCCGGAGCCAAAAAGCCAGUCAAUAUCUUCCGACUGAAGAAUACUGGCGAGCCGAGUCAAAUCUUCAACUGGAGGCUUUGGUUCGCCGUCGUUUCAUUUGGUCUUAUGGGCGCCGCUCGCGGUGUAGAUGAGGGUUUGAUAUCGGGCGCUUUCAACUCAAAAGACUUCCAACGCUAUAUCAAUUACGAAUCUUACAGUGAGGUGGAACAGACGAACAUCAAAGGAGAUGUGACUGCCAUGGUGCAGAUUGGCUCUGUGGGUGGAGCUCUAUUUGCAUUCUUAGUUUGCGAUCGCAUUGGUCGUAUUUGGGCGACUCGACAGCUUUGCGUUCUUUGGGUUGUGGGCAUUGCUAUUUUUAUGGGGAAUGGCGGCAGCUUGGGCGCCGUUUAUGCUGGGAGAUUUAUUGCGGGAUUAGGCGUUGGUCAAACCGUUGUGGUGGCCCCCGUAUAUCUUGCUGAGAUUGCCCCUGCUUCCGUCCGAGGCCUUUGCACCUGUGUGUUCACAGGCUUCGUCUACCUCGGUAUCGUGCUUGCGUACUUUGCAAACUAUGGAGCUGAAUUGAACCUUGGUGACAACACUCAUAACCGAUGGGUGAGUGAUAGAAAUCCUGGGCAGAUUCCCGGAUCUGAUGGUUUCUGGAUAUUCACUGACAACGCCCAGCUUGUGCCCACGAGCAUCCACAUCAUGUUCGCCGGUAUCAUCUUCAUCCUAUCAUUCAUUCAAUACGAGUCUCCUCGUUAUCUCGUCAAACGCGGUCAACAUGAAAAAGCAAUCGAAAACCUCUCCAAAAUCCGGGGCCUCCACCCGGAGCACGAAUACAUUGUCAAUGAAUUCACGGCUAUUCAAGCAACCCACGAAGCUGAGCUCGAAGCUACUCGAGGUUCCGGUCCCAUUGGCGUUCUCAAAGAAGCUUUCUGGGUUCCAUCGAACCUCUAUCGUGUCUAUCUAACAUUCAUGGCACAAAUUCUAUCCCAAUGGUCUGGCGCUGGUAGUAUUACUGUGUACGCGCCCGACUUGUUCAAACUGCUUGGUAUUACCGGCAACAACGAGAGUCUACUCGUCAGUGCAAUUUUCGGAAUCGUCAAACUGGUCGCCGCUAUUGCUUGUACCCUAUUCCUGGUCGACGUCAUCGGACGCAAACGGGCUCUUCUCAUUGGCAUUACCCUACAAGCUAUAUCGAUGGUCUACAUUGCCGGCUUUUUAAGCGCUGUCCCUGAAAUGGGCGUCAACGAGGACUUUGAGCUACCAGAAAACAAAAAAGGGGCCAGCGAAGGCGCGAUCGCAAUGAUUUAUCUCUCCGGCUUUGGGUGGGCGUUAGGAUGGAACUCGAUGCAGUAUCUUCUGACUGCAGAGUUGUUCCCCCUACGAAUCCGUGCCCUUUGCACUUCCAUGGCGAUGACUUUGCAUUUUGCCAAUCAAUACGGUAACGCCCGUGCGGUUCCUAAUAUGCUUCUGCCCGUUGCCCAAGGAGGAAUUGAUCCCAAGGGUACGUUUUGGUGUUUUGCUGCUAUUACUAUCAUUGGCGGCGUAUGGGUUUGGUUUAGCAUUCCCGAGACAGCUGGUCGUUCGUUGGAGAGUAUGGAUCGUCUCUUUGCCUUGCCGUGGUACAAGAUUGGAAGAUAUGGAAAUAAGGACGCUGACCAGCGAGACCAAUUUGUCGAGGACAAAAUGGAGAUGGCUGCACAAUCGGAAGGAGCGGUGGAGCAUUCUGAGCGGGUUGACCCUGUCGAUCCUUCACGCCGUGUGUGA